AGACAGCGGAGGACAACUAGAUGAGCCCCAGAUAAAGAUCCCCUGUAAAGACCUUGUCUCAGACGAUCACCGGGACAAAACCACAGGAAACAGAUGAUUCUUAUGCAAAAUCUGACUUUGCUUCAGCCUGGAAUUUAACUGCUGGUUACAUCCGGUCAGAGAAGAACUUCAGACUUUUCAUAUACACACACUGCAGUAAUGUCAAUGUGUGGAGCCUGGAGUCCAGUGAAACCGGUCACUCUAGAGGUGAUAAAGAUUUGCCUUGAGAUGAGGAAACUGAUUGAGGACAGAGCUGUGAAUGGAAAUGAUUCGAAGGUUUACAUUCCUUCGGUCUAUUCUUCUCAGGUUGUGAAUGGAACAAACUAUGUGGUCAAGGUGUUUCUUGGUGGAAGCGAUGAUGGAGUGUGUGUUCAUGCGAAGAUACAUCAGGCUCUUCCCUGUAAUGAUGGAAAACUGACACUGUCUGGAUUCCAGUUUCCUAAAACCUUCGAUGAACCUCUGGAACCCUUCUGAACACAUCUAACCAAAUACAGAAACAGACUUGUCAAAUUCAACGAGAUGUAGAGGAACUGUUGAAAUUCUUCAGUAUUAAACUCUGUAUUCAAACA